GGAGUGAUGAGAUUUAAUCUGCAAUUUGUGUACACGGUUGUAUGUAGCCUUAAAAGAUGGCGGAUGAAAAUUUAUUUGGAGGAAGCGAUUCUGAGAGUGCAGGAAGUCCGGGUCCCCAUUCAAGAUCUCCAAGUCCACAGCACCAGUUAUCACCCAUGGUAAGGAGAGGUUCAGCCAGCCCACAAAAUGAUUCACCAAUACACAGCCAUGAUAGUUCUGCAAGAAGAAGAUCAGGCAGUCAGUCUGCCAGUAGAGAAGGAUCUGCUAGUCCUGCAGGCAGUAGGGAUGGUUCAGCAAGCCCUGGAAGAAGUAGGUCUGGUAGUCCACCUGCCAGUAGGGAAGGUUCAGCUAGCCCUGCACAUAGUAGAUCUGGCAGUCCUGCUGGAAAAAGAAGGUCUGGUAGUCCACCUGCCAGUAGGGAAGGUUCAGCUAGCCCUGCACAUAGUAGAUCUGGCAGUCCUGCUGGAAGAAGUAGGUCUGGUAGUCCACCUGCCAGUAGGGAAGGUUCAGCUAGCCCUGCACAUAGUAGAUUUGGCAGUUCAGCUGGAAGAAGUCCACCUGCCAGAUCUGCAAGUCCUGCUCGAAGUCGGUCAGGAAGUCCAGCCCAAAGUGGCAGUCCUGCCAGUAGACGAAGCAGAUCAGGAAGCCCACACAGCAAUAGAAGUGGUUCUGGCAGUCCUAAAAGUGAUAGGCAUCGAUCAGAUCGUAGUAGGUCGGACAGCCCUGCACAGAGGGACAGAAGUGGAUCAGGCAGUCCCACAAGGAGUGUUUCAAAGAGUCCAGCACACAGCAAUAGAAGCCACUCACAGAGUCCAGCCAGUCAAAGGAGUGGACCCCACAGUCCAGCUGGAAGCCAACACAGCAGCAGGUCUCAUAGCCCAGCUCACAGUGACAGAAGUGGCAGAGGCAGUAAAAAGGCUGCCAUUGAAUCUGAUUCGGACGACUCAAUUAUUGGGAAGGAAAAAGUUGUUUCACAUAGUGAUGAUGGCCUGUCAGACAUGGAAACUGAUGAAAACAAAGUGCAAGCUACUGUGGAUGACUUGUUUGGUGAUGCUGAUGACAUCAGCUCAGAUGACGAAGAAAAGGGGUCUGGUAAAGGAGAGGAGGAACAGAAGGGCUCCGAUGAGGACAACCAGGAAAGUAGAACACAGAGGCCUAUGAUUGAGGGCUCUGAUGAGGAGAAGGAGGCAGAGCCUGUUGAAACAAGAAUCGAAGUGGAGAUACCUCGCAUUAAGACAGACCUUGGCAAGGCUGUGCACUAUGUCAAACUACCAAACUUUCUCAGUGUGGAAACUAGACCAUUUGAUGAGCAGACAUAUGAGGAUGAGAUUGAUGAAGAUGAAGUGUUGGAUGAAGAGGGUCGUACCAGAAUGAAGCUAAAGGUAGAGAAUACAAUACGGUGGCGGUCUCUGAAAGAUGAGGAUGGCAAUGAUCUCAAGGAUGAACUGGGACAGGUCAAAAAGGAAAGCAAUGCCAGAGUGGUGCGCUGGUCUGAUGGAAGUAUGUCAUUGCACCUGGGUGACGAGAUAUUCGACAUCCACACCAUGCCCAUCCAAGGGGACUUCAACCACCUAUUUGUGAGGCAAGGAACCGGUCUCCAGGGACAGUCCAUAUUCAAAACAAAGCUCUCCUUUAGGCCCCACUCCACUGAGUCAUUCACGCACAGAAAGAUGACCUUGUCGCUGGCCGACCGGUCAACAAAGAAACAGAAAGUGAAGAUCCUACCCAUCUCGGGUCAUGACCCAGAGUCUCAGAGAUCUGAAAUGAUCAAGAAAGAGGAGGAGCGACUGCGUGCGUCAGUGAAGCGUGAGAGCCAGAAGAGGCGUGUGCGUGAGCGAGCCCACGCCAAGGGCCUCAGUGGGGGCUACCUGGAGGGGUAUGACGAUGACGAGGAGGAGGAGGGCAUCUCCAUUGCAGCCAUCAAGAACAAGUACAAGGCUGGGAAUCGCAAAGAUCGGCAGCACAUCUACUCUUCUGACAGUGAGGAGGGUAUGGACUCAGACAAGGAGGACAUGGGUGCACGCAGGCUUAUGAAGGCCAAGAAGGUCAUCAGUGAUGAUGAGGACUCUGGCGCAGACUCGACUCCCAAGAAGAAGCGUGCCCGUGUUAUGGAGAGUGAUGAAGAGGAGGGUGGGGCAGGCAGUGAUGUGGAGACAGGGGCCAAGGCAGGCAGUGGCUCCGGGUCAGACUGAGGGCAGGGUUGGGCAGAGGGAGGAGGCAGGAAGUGAUGUUAAAAAGGGGACAGGUUAGGCAAUGACUUGGGGUCAGAUGGAAGUGCCUGUGUUCGCAGUGAAAUGUCUUUGUUGUAAGAAAAUUAUAAAUUUGCUGAAUAAAUCUUCUUCUUCAUGUU